AUGGCAGUCAAGAUAGUUGACGACAAGUCCGAGCACUGUAUUCCUUUCAUCCUUGAUAAGAUCAAGGCACACUGCGAGUACCACAAGAAAGACAAGGAUACAGAUGCCCCGCCAUUCUUCCUCGGACUGAACGGCAUCCAAGGCGCUGGAAAGACUACGCUGGUCUCAACUCUCUACAAGACUCUCACGUCAGACCCUCACAACUUGCCCACAGUAGUUCUCUCAAUCGAUGACUUGUAUCUUCCACACUCAGCCCAAAAGUCUCUCGCAGAAUCUCAACCUGAAAAUCCAUUGAUCCAACACCGCGGCCAACCCUCAACUCACGAUAUCCCACUCGGCAAGGAUAUCUUCUCUCAACUUUAUGCUCGCAAAUCAAACAUUCGCAUUCCCUGCUAUGAAAAGUCUCUUCAUGAUGGUCAGGGUGAUCGCACAGAUUCGGAGACCUGGGACGUGGUAAACAAGGAUGGUGAAUCGCCAGUCGAGGUCGUGAUAUUCGAGGGCUGGUGUGUGGGUUUCAGGAGCUUGAGUGAUGAGGAACUGGUGGAGAAGUGGGAGGGUGCGAAGGCGGCGAGGAUCUUUGAUGCCGAGGCGUAUCAUGGACGCCUUGCUUCGUUGGACUUGGAGCAUGUGUCGUUCGUCAAUGAUGCACUGAGGCAGUAUGAUGCUUUGACAGACUACUUUGGCGCUCUUGUUCACAUCGAUGCAGUGGACACGCUUUUCGUCUAUGAGUGGCGCCUCGAGCAAGAGCGUGCUCUGCGAAAGGACAAGGGCACGGGCAUGAAAGACAAGCAGGUCAUAGAAUUUGUCAACGGCUAUUAUCCAGCCUACGAACUUUAUACCGAUGUGCUUCGCAAAGGAAUCUUCAAGGAGACUGGCAAACAGUUGCGACUUGUCGUCAACAAGCAGCGUAAAGUCGAGGAAGUGGAGAUACAAUAG